GUGUUAAAAGACUUUACAUAAAAAACUUGACAUAAAUUAAGAGUUUUCUUAGAAUUAGCUACGAAUUUUUUUUUCAGUUUGUUUUGAAAAUCUAAACAAAUUUCUUAAAAAUUUCUUUACAAAUAUGUAUAUGUUUCAAAUAAUCAUUAAGAAGUUAUAUUCUGAAGAAAAGUUAACAUUUGGAUUACAUUCGUAAAUAAAAAGUAGAUCAUGACAAGCGUUACUGUGUUGGUCAGGGCACGACCAUUGAGUUCAAGUGAGAUAACUUCUGGAGCAAAAGUUAUAUUAAAAAUGGAUAAAUACAAAACAUUUAUAAAUGGUCAUUAUGUAAAGAAAGAAGAUAAACUGAAAAUGAAAAGAAAAUUGAAAUCUGAGCGUUUUUUUUUCUUUGAAAGAUCUUAUUGGUCAGUUGAUAGAAAUGAUGAAAAUUUUGCUGAUCAAAAAACAAUUUAUGAUGAAUAUGGCACAAAAAUCGUUGAAUCUGCCCUUAAUGGCUAUAAUGCAUGUUUGUUUGCUUAUGGUCAGACUGGUUCUGGAAAAACAUAUACUAUGAUGGGGGAUGCUAACAAUAAAGGAGUUAUUCCACGAAUUUGUGAUGAUUUGUUUGCAAAUUUAAAUGACGAUAAAACGACAUUUAGAGUUGAAAUAAGUUACAUGGAAAUUUAUAAUGAGCAAGUGCGUGAUUUGCUUGAACGCAAUGUAAAGAAAUCCUCUCCAAAAUCUCUAAAAUUAAGAGAACACCCUAGAGAUGGACCAUUUGUCCAAGGAUUGACAGUGCAUCCUGUCACAGAUUAUGCAUCUAUUGAGAGUUUAUUGGAAGAAGGAAAUAAUGUUAGGGCGACAGCAGCAACUAACAUGAACAAUGUUAGCAGUCGAUCACAUGCUAUUUUCACUAUUAAAUUAUCACAGGCAAAACUGAAUGACAACAUCCCAAGUGAAAUAACUAGCAAAGUAAAUCUUGUUGACUUGGCUGGAAGUGAACGAGUUGGAUCAUCUGGGUCAACAGGCUCGCGAUUCAAAGAAGGAGCUUUUAUUAAUAAAUCACUAGUUAUCCUUAGUUUGGUUAUAUCAGCGCUUGCUGAAAAUAGCAGCCCUGUUAAAGUAUUUCCACGUCGCCAAGUAUUUGUACCCUAUCGUGAUUCUGUGUUGACAUGGCUGUUAAAAGAUAGUCUAGGUGGAAAUUCACGGACAAUUAUGAUUGCUACUGUGUCACCUGCUGAUAGUAGUUACAAUGAAACAUUAUCAACGUUAAAAUAUGCUAGUCAAACAAGAAAAAUUAUUAAUAGACCUGUGAUCAAUGAGGAUCCCAAUGUAAAGCUUAUACGAGAGCUUCGUGCAGAAAUUGCUGAACUCCAAAACUUGCUUUCAAUUUACAAAAUAAAUCAAAAUGAUAACUGUAAAGAUAAAGAUAUAAUGCAGGCCAAACUUAAUGAAAAUCAGGAGAGAGUGGAAAGUUUGACGAAGAAUUGGAUUGAUAAAAACAUGGAAGCACAAAAAGUUUUUAAGGAGAAAAGUAUUCAGCUUUCUUGUAAAGGUCAGCAAACUGUACUGUCUACUGUUAAAGUACAUCUUAUUAACAUGGAAGAUGACCCUCUUAAUACUGACAUUGUUAUAUAUCAUUUAAAUGAAGGAGAAACUUUGGUGGGAAACUUUGAUAUCAUUGAAAGUAAUUGCAUUGGUCUUAAAUAUCCUGGAAUUGAAAAAAAACAUUGCUCCAUCUUUGUUUCAACAAAUAAAGUUUCAAUUUCUCCUAUCGCUUUUCAUACAUAUUUAAAUGAUGUUCACCUUACCACAGAAAAUUAUUUAAGACAUGGUGAUAUUUUAAAGUUCGGGGAACAAAGGUUUCGCUUUUGCAAUCCAUCUGAAGCUGAACAACUUCGAGUAAAUAGAAAUUCGGGUAUCUUUUCCCCAGACGUGUCUCCAUUAGUUAUGGAUCACUAUCGAAGUACUGAAUGUUUUAAAGAUCUUAAUGAAACUGAUGCUGCUUUUCUUGAAAAUGAAAAAAAUAAAAAAAAUCUGACUUUUUUAAGACAUGAUAAUAAUGGACAGUUUCUAAGAAAUCAAAUUCGGCAAAAAACAGAUCAGCAGUUGAUUUCUAAUUAUAAGUAUCAUCGCCUUAGCUUUCCGGGAAAAUUUGACAACACAAUAAUGAACCAAACACUAGAAAAAAAAUUUAACAGCACAGAAAUUUUAUGUUCUUCUCCUUUGUCAUUCUUUCAACUGGAUCAGUUUUCAUCAAAUUCUGAUAUGAGCUUAUCAACAAUAAGUGAUAAUUAUCCAAAUUUUUUUGAUCCUUCAAGAUUGGAUCAAUCUAAUGAUGUUUUGAAAUUAGAUCAAUUUAACUUGAGAAACUCUCAAAGUAUCCCAUCACUUAGCAACUUUGAACAAAUUUCAAAUGUUUCCUUGAACAAAAAUCAUCAUAAAGAAACAAUAAGCGAAAUUAAUUAUGAAAUAAUGAAUGUAGAAGAAAAAAGGAUACUUUUGCAAGAUCUUAUUUCAAAGUUUCGCAAAAGCCAAGCUGAACAAAUAGAAUGUUGUUAUGAAAGUAUUCACAGAGCAUCAAUUAAUAGUAAUUUGUUUAUGACACAAUACAACAAAUUAGAAACGUUGCAAGCUUUACAAAAAGAACAUUUAAAAACUGCAUCAUCUGAUUUGUUUAAUUUUAAAAAUAAAAUUCUUGAAGAAAAAUAUAAAAAGCGCAAUAGUGCAAUGUUUGAAAUAAAUAACAGUUUGUUAAGUUUGAUAAACAAUGAUAAUGAUACUGUAGUUGAUGACACAAUUCGACAGAAAGUAACGAAAAAAAAUUAUGCAUUAAAAUUAGAGAUCGAAGAUUAUUGGAAAAAAAUGGAUUUGUACCAUGAUUUACUUGUUGUUUCAGAGAUAGGUAAAAUUAACUUGUUAAAUGAAGAACAACUUGUAAAACAAUGCAGAAAGUAUAUCAGUGAAAGACAUCUUCAGGUUGCUGGAGUUCAAGAAAGUAUAACCAAAUCAGAGUCAAUAAUCUCAUGUUUGACAACAGAUGUAGAUGAAUGUCAUUUAAGUGAGCAAAAAUUAAAACAAGAAAUUGAAAAAAUAAAGAUAGAUUACCUUGCUAAAUUUUGUGAAAAUGAAGAACAUUUUAAUAAAUUGCGCUGCUCACAUAGUGUUGAAUUAGACAUACUUAUAAAUGAGCUAUCUGUAUUAAAUGAACAAAUAGAGCAAACAAAUAGAACAAAUGAUGUUAUUGUCAAUGUUUAUUCAAAUGACAUUCAUGAAGAUGAAUAUAAUAAAAAUAUAGUUACCAGUACAUAUUCUGAAAACAAUAUAGAAUCAAAAAAUAAAGACAAUGAAUUAGAGUUAAAAAACAAAAGGGAUAUUAAAAAAAAGCUUAUAGAAGAAACUAAUCAAAAGAUUCAGAAUUCCAUACUUGAUUGUCGUUAUAUGUCUCUUCAGUUGCAAGAUGAAAUGUAUUGUAGAGUUACCCAAAAUGAAACACUUUUAAAGUCAAAGCAGGAUGAAAUUCAUGCUAUUCAGAAACAGAUACAUAAUGAACAGUUGAAGUUAAAAAAUUUUAUUUCCAAUUUAAAUAUACUUCAAUCAAAUUCCUACAUAGAGCAAGCUUUAGAAACAUACUAUGUUAAUCAAACAUCAAAAACUUACAACAGCUACAUGGAUAGUUUUAAUUCAUCUCAAAAAAUUCUUAAACAAACUUAUGCUCAACUUAAAGAAUCCCUAGAAAAAAAAAUUCAAGAUGAAUUUUUUUCUCUUGAGGAAAUACUUGAUUCAAUACCACAUAAAAAAUCUCAAAGGGGAUGUUUAGGAUCUAAUGAUACACAUACCCCUUUGAAAUAUCAACAGGGUAUGUUUAAUAAAAAUUUGCAACUUGUAUUUCAUUCAGCAAAUCCUUUUACCCAUGUAAAUGAUAUUUCUAAGCUGCAUAUGACAUAUGAAAACACAAAAUAUCUUCUCAUGGUCACAUGUAAAGAAAUUUGCUUACUCCUCCAAACACAUUUAAAGUUACACUUAGAAUUUAUAGAAGAUUAUUUUCAAAAAUCUGACUUAGAUAUUAUAUAUAAAAAUGACAGAGAAAAGAUUCAUGAUUUAAUGAACUUGCUUGAUAUGAAUGAGAACAAUCUUUAUAUUAAAAACUAUAAAAGUGAGGAAAACCAAGCUAUUAGUUUCCAAAAUAACAUUAAAAGACUGGAAAAUGAAAUGCGCAAUAAAAUAGUUCAAAUGGAAAGCAGCUCAGAUUUGAUUCUAAUACAUUGUAAUGUUUCUAAAAAUGAAGAAAAAAAUGAUUUUCAUCAAGCUCAGUUCUAUUCAUUAUGCUCAUGUGCUGAAACAGCUGAUGAAGAUUUAAAGAAUGUAUGGUUUAGCAUAGCAGAGUGUGCAUGCAUUGAGUCUUCAAUAGUAAAGUUACAGGUUAAAAUCAUGCAAGAACAAAAAAAUUACCUUACCAUGCUAAGAAAAACAGAAUAUGAAAAAGAAAUUGCAGAAACAGGUAAUUGUUUGAAGCAAUGUCAUUUAUUUCAAAAUGAAGCAAAUCAAGCUGCAGGCGGUUUGUUGAGAGAUGUUCAUUUUUGUUCUGUUUUAAUUGACUCUGUUGGAAAGUAUGGCAGAGAAAAGAUUGAAGAAAUAUUAAACACUGAAGAGAAGAUUGAUGAAAAGUGUUAUUCAGUUAAUGGCUGGAAAUACAAAUGCAAUCAGGAUGGAACUGUCUUAAUGAGAAAAAAUGCAGAGCAACCAGGUUAUCUAUGUGUGAUGGCAUGUAGUGUUAUUAAUGUAAAGCCACAAAUAGUUUGGGAUGCUAUACGUAAUCCACUUUUUCGUAAAGUUUAUGAUGACACAGUUGAGAAUAUGCACGUUGUUGAACACUGUAGCGAUCGUCUUAAAAUUAUUUAUCUCUGCCAAAAGAUAAAGUCACUCUUCUAUUCUCAAACUCAACUUGAUUGUUGUUGUGCUUAUACAGAACGAGUUGAAAGUAAUCAAUAUGUUUUAACAUAUGUCUCUGUUAACCAUUCUAAUUGCCCUGUCAUUAAAAAUAUUCAUCGUUUAAAUGUUGGUCCAAGUGGUUGGGUUGUUAAACUUCUUGUUAACGAUAUUGGUGAAGAAUCUUCAAUAGUAUGGUACCUAGUAAAUCUUCAAUGUGGAGAAGCAGUAACUCAGCACGUUUUAAACAAUCUUUAUCAAAAGAUUCCUUUAAGUAUAACAGCUCUUCGCAAUUACUUGGUUCAUUGAUUGGGAAAUGUGUUAAUAUAAAUGUUAUAGCAACGGCGUUACUAUUACUAUUAAUGUUGUAUAUUACAACUUUAUAUUAAUUUUUACCUGAGAACAUAAGUUUGGAAUUUUGAACGUUUAAAAUUAUAAAAGAAUUAACUAACGCUAUUUAUAUUUCACUAACACUAUUUUAUAUUUCACAUUUUAUUUCACUAAAUCAAACUUUCUCAAUGUUUGGAACAUAAUACCAUUAUUUUCAUUGAAAUAUUUAUUCUCAAAUUAUGUUUUAUACUUUAAGAUAUUUAUUG